AUGAAAGUUUUUAUAUCCGAUUCAGCCGACGUAUACGAACAUCAGAUUGCCGAAGUUGCAGCCUACAUCAAAAAGAGUCGCAGAGCCAUCGUCAUUACUGGAGCUGGCAUUUCCUGCAGUAGCGGCAUUCCCGACUUUCGGUCAACCAAUGGUCUAUACAACUUAGUCAAGGCACGACAUCCCAACGUCGUCCUGAAAGGAGCCGAACUCUUUGAUGCGACACUAUUCAACGACGUUGCAAAGACACAGUGCUUUUAUACAUUUAUGGCCGAGCUCAAGACAUUAGUAUCAACAGCACAACCAACACCCACACACCAUUUCCUUCGCAACAUGCAAAGCAGCGGGCAACUAUUACGACUAUACACGCAAAACAUCGAUGAUCUAGAGCAUGUUGUUGAAGUCCCCGUUGUUCAACUACACGGCACCAUGGCAACUGUAAAAUGUACAUUGUGUUCAGCAUCAUACGAGUUUUCAGAGGAAUAUCAGAAUCUAUUCCGUGAAGGAGAGGCACCAGCUUGUCCAAAAUGUGAAGCAGCAGGCGAGGAACGUAUGCUAUUGGGAAAACGACAAUUGGCCAUGGGAUCUUUGCGUCCUGAUAUUGUUCUCUACAACGAGGAUCAUCCUGAUGGUGAAAAGAUUGGAUUGCAACAAGUGAAUGAUAUUAAAAAGAAGCCUGAUCUACUGAUUGUCCUUGGCACCUCCCUCAAAAUCCCCGGCAUCAAGAAAUUCAUCAAGCUUGCCGCUCGUACCGUUCGCAAUGCAAAGAAUGGCACCACCAUCUUCGUCAACAAGACACCACCGACCAAAGAAUGGGAGAAUGUCUUUGAUUUUCAAAUCAUGGGUGAUGCUGAUGCUUGGGUCAAGCUCACUGAAAGCAAAAUGCAAGAUGCCGCCACACUCAAAGCCGCAUGGGAUCGUAUUUUGGCGAGACGACGAGUCAAGGAAGAAGAAGAGGAGGAGGAAAAGGAGAACCGGAUAGUACGGACAAUCAAGAAGACCAGCAAAACAAAGGCAGCAAAUUCUGAUCCACAUGGGCAAACGACGUUGGAUAAUUAUCGUGUUACUAAAAGGGCGCUUGGAUCAUCAUCAACAGCAUCAUCAGCAACAGCUAGUCGCAUCAAAAAGAAAUCUAAACAAUGA